ACUCAUAUCGCAAUUUCAUUUAGGAUGCAAGUUCCAAGCCAUGUGGACCAAACUCAUCUACUUAAUGCUGCUUUGGGGAUUUUUCUGCACAACCAAAGUGCAUGGAAAGCGUAAAAUGCGAGAUCUUGAAGUACGACGUAUAACAAUAUUUGGAAGCCACAGGGUUCGUCAAGAAAAAUGUUUGUUCAUACCCAGUUAUGGAACGUGCAAAAAAAAUAUCGUGGUAUAUGGCUAUAGCAUUGUAACCAAUAGAUGCACAGACUAUUUUUAUAGCGGUUGCGGCGGAAAUCCCAAUCGUUUUGCUACUUAUGACGAGUGUCGAACAGUUUGCUAUGUGGCUCCGGUGAAGAAGAACAUUACACAGCCCGAUUAUUAUGAAAAUGACGAGGUCACAGAACAAAUAACAUCGAAUGAAACGGAUGAUACGGAUGAUACGGAAUCAUCUACAGAUGAAUGAUUCUGGCAAAAAAUAAAAACAUGUUGUGGUAACAAUAA